GAAUACGCCGCGGAGGCCUCGGGGGCUUGGGGCGUCGGGGAGUGCGCGAGGCGGCCCGGGCUGUGUGCGCUAGCGGAGACAAAGCGCUGGCUGAGGUGGCAGAGACGCCAGCGAUAGCAGCGGCGGAGGAGACCUAAACGCCGAAUUUUGUGGUGUUGAGUCCGGUCACCAUCUCAUCCAGCGCAGUGCGGGCUGUGGUCUCGCGGCGGCGGUGGCGGCAGCGGCGGAGGCGGAGGCAGCACAUGGUUCCAAGAGCGCGCUGCGGUUGUUGGGUUCCAAUUCCGUGGGGAGGGACAAAGGCAGCUGCAGCUGUGAGCGCAGGGCAACGCCCGCUCGGGUAGUGUGCUCGUCACUGCCCUCAAUCCGGGCCUUGAAAGCUGGGACUAUCUUCUCUAUGUGAGGAGGAGAACACGGGACCGAGCGCUUGAGAGGCUGAGGCCGCUGUCUGAGGGAAGUGGGGGAGGGGCGCAACUCGCCUGAGUUGAUUUGGGCGGGUCAGGUCUGAGGCGACUUAAUGGGUCUGUGUGAGGUAAUUUGACCCACUACCCUGAGGAAAGUGGGACGGACAGCAGGCUAGGUUUGGUCCAGGCUUUGAAAAACAGAAAUCGGUCUUCAGCGCUUUGGAAAUCUUUCAUUUGGGAGGUGGUGAAGCCGGAACUAACGCCAUAUGCACUCCAUCAACAACAUGGUCGCCAGACUGGGGCUUCUUUAAGGAUCCUGGGAUCAUUGAUGGCGAAGACAUGGGUGGUUGUCCAAUUUUAUGACAUAAGUUGCUGAAUUUACGGAUUGGUGAAUUUCUGGACUGGUAAAUUUCCUCACAGGAAAUUUAGAGGAACUGAAAAAAAAGCUCGAAGAACGUGAAGAUGGAGCAGUAAUUGCCAACUCCAGUAUCAUCUACUCCAGACCAACAACAUUUCAAUUCAAAUCUGAACUAUCACAAAUUAACGCUAACUCUUCCUUAAAACUGCAGGUUUAUGACGUAGUUCUUUCCAAAAUAUUACAUCAUAGUCACUGAGAAGAUUAAGAAAAUUUAAAAGCAAAAUCAAUUGUUUUAGACAUCUCUUUGAAUAUACUGUGGAUAGAUUCACUAGGUAACCUUGUUUGAGGAGUACAGAUUUCAGAAUCCUGAAAAAAAUCUAUUUCAUUAAUAAGCUUAUAGUUCCCAGUUAGUGGGUAAAGAACUGGAGACCUCACUGCACUCAUGGCUUUCACAAAUUACAGCAGUCUGAAUCGAGCUCAGCUAACCUUUGAAUAUCUACACACAAAUUCAACCACUCAUGAAUUCUUGUUUGGUGCUCUUGCUGAACUGGUUGAUAAUGCCAGAGAUGCUGAUGCCACCAGAAUAGAUAUUUAUGCAGAAAGGCGAGAGGACCUUCGAGGAGGAUUUAUGCUUUGUUUUUUGGAUGAUGGAGCAGGAAUGGAUCCAAGUGAUGCUGCCAGCGUGAUCCAGUUUGGGAAGUCAGCCAAGCGAACACCUGAGUCCACCCAGAUUGGGCAAUACGGGAAUGGGUUAAAAUCGGGCUCAAUGCGCAUUGGGAAGGAUUUUAUCCUUUUCACCAAGAAGGAAGACACUAUGACCUGCCUCUUCUUGUCUCGAACCUUUCAUGAGGAGGAAGGCAUUGAUGAAGUGAUAGUCCCAUUGCCUACCUGGAAUGCUCGGACCCGGGAACCUGUCACAGACAACGUGGAGAAGUUUGCCAUUGAGACAGAACUCAUCUACAAGUACUCUCCCUUCCGCAAUGAAGAGGAAGUGAUGGCUCAGUUCAUGAAGAUUCCUGGGGACAGCGGAACGCUGGUCAUCAUCUUCAACCUCAAGCUCAUGGAUAACGGAGAGCCAGAGCUAGACAUAAUCUCAAAUCCAAGAGAUAUCCAGAUGGCAGAGACCUCCCCGGAGGGCACGAAGCCAGAGCGCCGCUCCUUCCGUGCCUAUGCUGCCGUGCUCUACAUUGAUCCCCGGAUGAGGAUCUUCAUCCACGGGCACAAGGUCCAGACCAAGAGGCUCUCCUGCUGCUUGUACAAGCCCAGGAUGUACAAGUACACGUCAAGCCGGUUCAAGACACGUGCAGAGCAGGAGGUGAAGAAAGCUGAGCACGUGGCACGGAUUGCUGAAGAGAAGGCGAGGGAGGCGGAGAGCAAAGCUCGGACGUUGGAAGUGCGCCUGGGUGGAGACCUCACACGGGACUCUAGGGUGAUGUUGCGACAGGUCCAGAACACAGCCAUUACCCUGCGCAGAGAAGCUGACGUCAAGAAGCGCAUCAAGGAGGCCAAGCAGCGAGCACUUAAAGAACCCAAAGAACUGAACUUUGUUUUUGGGGUCAACAUAGAACACCGGGACCUGGACGGCAUGUUCAUCUACAACUGUAGCCGCCUGAUCAAGAUGUAUGAGAAAGUGGGCCCACAGCUGGAAGGGGGCAUGGCAUGUGGCGGGGUCGUUGGGGUUGUUGAUGUGCCCUACCUGGUCCUAGAGCCAACGCACAACAAGCAGGACUUUGCUGAUGCCAAAGAGUACCGGCACCUGCUGCGGGCGAUGGGGGAGCACCUGGCGCAGUACUGGAAGGACAUCGCCAUUGCCCAGCGGGGAAUCAUCAAGUUUUGGGAUGAGUUUGGCUACCUCUCUGCUAACUGGAACCAGCCCCCAUCCAGUGAGCUGCGCUACAAACGGCGGAGAGCUAUGGAAAUCCCAACCACCAUCCAGUGUGAUUUGUGUCUGAAGUGGCGGACCCUCCCCUUCCAGCUGAGUUCUGUGGAAAAAGAGUACCCUGACACCUGGGUUUGCUCCAUGAACCCUGAUCCUGAGCAGGACCGGUGUGAGGCUUCUGAACAGAAGCAGAAGGUUCCCCUGGGGACAUUGAGAAAGGACCUGAAAACCCAGGAAGAGAAGCAGAAACAACUGACAGAGAAAAUUCGCCAGCAGCAGGAAAAGCUGGAGGCCCUGCAGAAAACCACACCCAUCCGCUCCCAAGCCGACCUGAAGAAAUUGCCCUUGGAAGUGACCACCAGACCUUCCACUGAGGAACCUGCACGUAGACCUCAGCGUCCUCGGUCGCCACCUUUACCUGCUGUGAUCAAGAAUGCCCCAAGCAGACCCCCUUCCCUGCAAGCUCCCAGGCCAGCCAGCCAGCCCCGAAAGGCUCCUGUUGUCAGCAGCGCCCCAAAGCCUCCUGCCGUGGCAGCCCGGGAAGAGGCCAGUACUUCUAGGCUGCUCCAGCCACCUGAGGUGCCCCGAAAGCCUGCUAAUGCUGCAGUCAAGACUGUGGCCCGGCCUGCCCCUCUAGUGCAGCCACCAUCACCAUCUCUGCUGCCCAACUCCAAGGGCCCUCGGGAAGUCCCUGCUCCCAGAGCCAUUAGAACUCCAGUGGUCAAGAAGCCAGAGCCGCCCAGUAAACUCUCCCCGGCCACUCCUAGUCGGAAGCGCAGUCUUGGGGUCUCUGAUGAGGAAGAAGUGGAGGAAGAGGCUGAGAGGAGGAAGGAGCGGUCCAAGCGGGGCAAGUUUGCUGUGAAGGAGGAAAAAAAGGACUUGAAUGAGCUCUCAGACAGUGCUGGGGAAGAGGACUCAGGUGAUGUCAAGAGCGCUCAGAAAGAUAAAGGGCUGCAUGUGGAGGUGCGUGUGAACAGGGAGUGGUACACAGGCCGUGUCACAGCCGUGGAGGUGGGCAAGAACGUGGUGCGGUGGAAGGUGAAGUUUGACUAUGUGCCCACGGACACAACACCAAGAGACCGCUGGGUGGAGAAGGGCAGUGAGGACGUGCGGUUGAUGAAGCCCCCCUCCCCGGAGUACCAGAGCCCAGACACGCAGCAGGAGGGUGGAGAGGAGGAAGAGGAGGCGGCAGUGGCCCAGCAGGCUGUGGCCAUGGUGGAGCCCUCCACCUCAGACUGCAUUCGAAUCGAGCCCGACACCACUGCCCCUAGCACCAGCCAUGAGACCAUUGACCUGCUCGUCCAGAUCCUUCGGAAUUGCUUACGGUACUUCCUGCCUCCAAGUUUCCCCAUCUCCAAAAAGGAGCUGAGUGCUAUGAAUUCGGAGGAACUAAUAUCAUUUCCUCUGAAAGAAUACUUCAAGCAGUAUGAAGUGGGGCUCCAGAAUCUGUGCCAUUCCUACCAGAGCCGUGCUGACUCUCGGGCCAAGGCCUCCGAGGAGAGCCUGCGUACCUCUGAGAGAAAGCUCCGCGAGACGGAGGAGAAGCUGCAGAAGCUGAGGACCAACAUCGUGGCGCUCCUGCAAAAGGUGCAGGAGGAAUCUGUGGUUCUAGCCCUGGCUGCACAGCAUCCUGACCAGGAGGGCUGGAGGUGGUGCGGCUGCCAGGGCCUCAUCCCAGCCAGACCCACGGACAUAGACAUUAACACAGACGACGAGCUGGAUGCCUACAUCGAGGACCUGAUCACCAAGGGGGACUAAGGGGGCCAGAGAUCAGCUCCCUUGCCCUUAGGCGAGCUCCUGGGGGUGGUGUAUCAUUUAUUGGUUGGAGGACUUAACCUUGGUUUGAGUCACAUGGGACAUUUGUGCUUUUGGAGGGAAAGAGACUCUGAUUCUUUGAAUCUUCCUCCCUAAGUUUAUAAAUAUUUAUUUUUUAAAAGAAACAAGAUGCUGUGCCUGCUAUGAGACCAUACCUUUUUUUGGUGACUUUUGGGCAAAGGACGGAGAACCAGAAUGCCAAGUUGCAGCUGAGCCGCUUCUGUUGGCUGUGGCCAAUCCAGUGCCCUUUGGAAGUUGGGAGAGGCUCCAGGGCUGGGGGAGGAGGGACUGGGCCUCCCAGGGUUGGUGCUUUUCCAGGAGCCACAGGUCAGGAAGAGGUUCGCGCCGAGGGGUUCUGCUGCUUGUGGCUCCUGUCAGGGUGUUAGUGGUGGUCCGAGUGCUCAGUCUUCUUGGCUAUGGCACUGUCCAAACAGCUUGGGGAAGAAAGAUCCUCCUGUUCAGCUUCCCCAUCCACCACCUAAGUUCUCCUUGCUAGAGAUUUCCUCAGCUAAUUGUGGACAGUGAGGUUUCCUGCCUCAAAAACUUGGGUUGAGGAGAGGACAGAUCCUACUCUGGUCAGAUUGCUGGGUAGCACACUGAAUGUUUAAAUUCCAAAGGAUCCCCCUUAGGAAAGGACCUGGUGUGUGAAGGAGCCUCUGUGCUAAUCUGGUGGUGGCCUCACCUGGAUGAGGCCGGGUCCUGGUGCACCUGCCACCAUGGUGCCGGCGAUGUAGAGAGCCUGCUACUGCCUAUUAGUGCUUCCCCUCUGUCUGGCCCACCAUGCCAGUCAAGGUCCCUGCUAUGGGGCCAACAGGAGAAGGGGGUCAGUGAGCCCCUCGGGGUGGGAAGUGGGCCGCAGGGACUCCAGAGGCAGCUCUGCGGGAAGCACACCAUGCCUUCCUUCCCUCCUGGUCACAGCUUCUUACAGCUGUGUCCCUCAAACAACUUCUCAGGGUUAAAGACAAAGGCAAGAGUUGCUGAGUUUUCUCUUUAAUGGCCAUUGGAAAAAUUUUGUUUGAUUUACCCCAACUCUCUUCUUCCCCCUCUUUGUUUGGGGACUUUUGGGUUUGCUGAAGGCACAAGAACUAUGGCCUUAUACCACUGGUCUUCGAUUCAGACCUCAGUGUUUCCAGUGUCUACCUACCUCUGAUCAGCAGUGGCCACAUGCCACCCUGUGAAGACUUCAGAAGACUGGGAAGCACUGGGGAGGGAGGCAGGCCACACUGGAAUUGGAAGUCUUUACCCACUUGUGCAUGGGGCUUGAGUGCCUGUGACUUGUGGGUUUGGGGCUUCCCCAAACCACAUCCCUGGGUAGAGGGCGGGGAGGGGUGGGGGUGGGAAAUACCACCCAGAGAGACCCUGAUCACUUCCUCUACAAGAUCCUCAGUCUUGGGGUUUCUUGAGCUGGUGGUUCCUCUCCUAUACAGCUCUCUCUCUCCAUCACAGGCAGCAUAUGGUCCAUUUUUGUCUCCAAAUCUACUUUUAAUCUAAAUGGAAGUUGGUUCUGCAUUUUUACCAGAGGGUAAUAUUCAAGUUUUUUAUUUACACACCUGUAAACAAAAUGCAAUACUAUAAACUUUUAAUGGUGAGAAUCCUGAA